AUGGACGAAAAGUAUUCGAGUCAAAUUGUUCAAAACUCCGAGGUACGACAGUGGUCUGAAGCACUACAAAGACAAGAAGGGGACAGUUUGCAAGCCGAUCAUGUGUCAGAAUUAUUGGAGGAUGAGCUGCUCCGAGCCUUGAUUCAAUUUUGGAAUCCAGGUUACAACUGCUUUACUUUCAAUCAAGAAGAUAUGGUUCCUACCAUCGAAGAAUAUAUUGCUUUGUUGCACAUAGAAGAGGCUCAAGAGAAUCGGAUUUAUUCCAAGUCCAUCAAAACUCAACCCUUCAAAAUCAAAUUAGCAAAAAUUGCGGGAGUGCGCGAGGAAUGGGUGGUUGCUCGUACCAAACAAAAAGGCGAAAGCGAAGCUGCAGUUGUGGAUUUAUUUGAACAAUUGCCAAAAAAAAUCAACCCUGCUCCUGUGAUUUUAGCAGAGACCUUCCGAUCCUUGAAUGCUUGUCGAAGACUUGGAGGUGGUCGAUUUUCAGGGUGCGCACAACUACUAUAUGUCUGGAUACGUAGUCAUUUUUGGAAAAUUGAAAAGAUUUCAUAUCAUCGUUUUAGUACCAGCUACUCGCCUUUGAGAGAAUUCCUCGAGCAAGAUUGGCCAAAAGGAGUCACUAAAGACAUGUGGAUAGAUGCCUUUAGAAAUAUACGAGACAAAGACAUUGUUUGGCGCGCCCCUUGGCAAAUACAAAGUGAACUCCUCUAUAAAUGUGGUGACUACAAUUGGGUGAUGUUGCUUGGUUUGUGGGGAGGAAUUGGGUACGUACCCCUUUUGGUUUUGAGGCAAUAUGAUGGCCGUCAAUUUGUCCCAGUCACUGCUGGAUUGCACUCAUCUGAAUUCGUGUUUCACGGAAACAAUUAUAAGAAAAACAUCCUUCAGGCAGUUAGAGCAUGGAAAAGGACUUUCCGUACUAGAGCUGGGGCAGCUAAAGUGAUGUCCACAGUUGGGUCAAGCAGAACGUCAGCACAAUUAACCAAAGAGUUAAACGAAGAGAAACAUCGAGUCAAAAGUAUGAAGGCAAGAAACGAUCGUCUACUCAAGAGCUUAGAGAAAGGGAAGCAAAAAGUAGAAGAGCUUGAGCUUGUUAAGAGGGAGCGGAUCAUAAAAUAUAAAGCUGAGAAUCGCGAAGCUAUGAAAGAAUUAAAAAGGGAGAAAGAUCGUGUCAAAGAACUGGAAGACGAAAAGAAUAGCAUUCUUGAGGGGUUCGAGGCUGAGAAGACCAUCAUGUUCAGAGGAUUUGAAGCCGAAAUGAAUAACAUGCUUGUCGAACUUGAUGAUAGAGGAUAA